AAAUUAUUAAGUUGCUAACUGCAGAAUAAACUACAACAUGUACGCCAAGUUAGUCAUCGCUCUGUGCGCCGUGGGCCUGGCCCGUGCUGGUUUCAUCCAUGAAGCCGCCCCUGUAGCCUACAGCGGCCACUCGUACGCCGCCCCCGUGGCCACUUACGCCGCUGCUCCCGUGGCCACCUAUGCUGCCGCUCCCGCCGUCGUGACCAAGACCAUCGCUCCUGCUGUGUCGUCCGUAUCUUCCUACUCUACCCACACCUCUCACGGCUCUCCCGUAUCUUACGCUGCCGCUCCCGUGGCAUCUUACGCCGCUGCCCCCGUCGUAGCUAAGUCUUACGCCGCUCCCGCGUACGCUGCGUACUCCGCUCCCGCCGUGGCCGCGUACUCCGCCCCCGCUGUGGCCGCGUACUCCGCCCCUGUCUACGCUAAGACCAUCGCCGCUCCCGUGGCCACUUACGCCGCGGCCGCCCCCGCCUACAACUCCGUUUCGUACUCUGCUGGCUCAGCAUACAGCGGACACGGUGCCAACUAUGGCUGUUGCCAGCAUUUGAAGAACAAACAUGUGAUCAUCGCUCUGUGUGCCGUAGGCCUGGCCCGCGCUGGUUUGAUCCAUCAAGCCGCCCCUGUAGCAUACAGUAGCCACUCAUACGCAGCUCCCGUGGCCACCUACGCCGCCGCCCCAGUAGCCACUUACGCUGCUGCCCCUGUGUCCACUUACGCCGCCGCUCCCGUGGCCACCUAUGCUGCUGCUCCCGCCGUCGUGACCAAGACCAUCGCUCCAGCUGUGUCUUCCGUGUCUUCCUACUCUACCCACACCUCUCACGGCUCCCCGGUAUCUUACGCUGCCGCUCCCGUGGCCACAUACGCAGCCGCUCCCGUGGCAACCUACGCCACUGCCCCCGUCGUAGCUAAGUCCUACGCCGCUCCCGCGUACGCUGCAUACUCCGCUCCCGCGUACUCUGCGUAUUCCGCUCCCGCUGUGGCCGCGUACUCCGCCCCUGUCUAUGCUAAGACCAUCACCGCUCCUGUGGCCACUUACGCCGAGGCCGCCCCCGCCUACAACUCGCAUAUCGCAUACAGCGGACACGGUGCCAACUAUGGCUGCCCUAAGACAACAAACAUGUACGCCAAGUUGAUCAUUGCUCUGUGCGCCUUGGGCCUGGCCCGUGCUGGUUUGAUCCAUCAAGCCGCUCCCGUAGCAUACAGCAGCCACUCAUACGCAGCUCCCGUGGCCACCUACGCCGCCGCUCCAGUAGCCACUUACGCUGCUGCCCCUGUGUCCACUUACGCCGCCGCUCCCGUGGCCACCUAUGCUGCCGCUCCCGCCGUCGUGACCAAGACCAUCGCUCCUGCUGUGUCGUCCGUGUCUUCCUACUCUACCCACACCUCUCACGGCUCCCCGGUAUCUUACGCUGCCGCUCCCGUGGCCACAUACGCAGCCGCUCCCGUGGCUACCUACGCCACUGCCCCCAUCGUAGCUAAGUCCUACGCCGCUCCCGCGUACGCUGCAUACUCCGCUCCCGCGUACUCUGCGUAUUCCGCUCCCGCUGUGGCCGCGUACUCCGCCCCUGUCUAUGCUAAGACCAUCGCCGCUCCUGUGGCCACUUACGCCGCGGCCGCCCCCGCCUACAACUCGCAUAUCGCAUACAGCGGACACGGUGCCAACUAUGGCUGCUUUUGCCCGCGGUCCCACCCGUGUGCCAGCCUGCGAAGUGCCAAGAUACGCGCCGGUACUUGCCGAAAUUAUUCAGUUGCCAACCUUAGCAGCCUCAACAUGUACGCCAAGCUGAUCGUUGCUCUGUGCGCCGUGGGCCUCGCCCGUGCCGGUGGCCUCUACGAGGCUCCCCUGGCCUACAGCAGCCACGCCAUCGCCGCGCCCGCCGUGGUGACCAAGACCAUCUCCCCCGCCGUGUCCUCCUACUCCUCCUACUCCACCCACACCGCGCAUGGCUCCCCUGUGGCUGCCUACGCCGCCGCCCCCGUGGCUGCCUACGCCGCUGCUCCCGUGGCCGCGUACGCCGCCGCUCCCGUGGUCGCCAAGACCUACGCCGCUGCUCCCGUAGCCACCUACGCCGCUGCUCCCGUAACCACCUACGCCGCUGCCCCCAUCGUGGCUAAGACCUACGCCGCCCCCGCCGUGGCCACCUACGCCGCUGCCCCCGCCGUCGUGACCAAGACCAUCUCCCCCGCUGUGUCCUCCGUCUCCUCCUACUCCUCCACCACCUCCCACGGCUCCCCCGUGGCCUACGCCGCUGCCCCCGUCGUAGCUAAGGCCUACGCCGCGCCCGCGUACGCUGCUUACUCCGCGCCCGCGUACUCCGCGUACUCCGCCCCCGCUGUGGCUGCGUACUCUGCCCCCGUCACCACAUACGCCGCGGCCGCCCCCGUCCUGAAAUCAGCUGUCGCGUACUCCGCUGCCCCCGCUGUCUCCCACAUCUCCUACAGCGGACACGGUGCCAACUAUGGUUGGUAAACUGAAUCUAGUCUACUUGUUCCUUUGGUAUAAACCAAAAAAAUUGGUGUAGCCAAAACCUGUACAUACUUCUUUAGAAAAAUGAAAAGAUAAAUAUUU